AUGCCGGAGCCUAACAUCAAAGAGGGCAAACUGCCUUUCGCUUACGGUAGCGAGACGUACGAAACAUACUACAAGGUCGUUGGCAACCUUUCCUCGACCUCUCCUGCACCUCUCAUCUUCAUACACGGAGCACCCGGGUCCUGUCACGACUAUGGCAUUCCACUGUACGAUAUCGCAACCGGCGAAGGCGCCCGACCGGUCAUCUUCUACGACCAGAUCGGCUCGUCUCGUUCAACCCAUCUACCCGAGAAACCCGCGGACUUCUGGACCUUCGAUGUAUUCAUCGCGGAACUGCAGAACCUUGUGCGGUUCUUCCACGUUGAGGAUGCGUUCCAUCUUUUGGGCCACAGUUGGGGCGGUCAGAUCGCCGCAGAGCUCAUUGUGCGCCAUCACCCGAAGGGCUUGAAGAGCGUCAUGUUGUCAAACACCCUCACAAGCUCACAAGAGUACCGCAAGUCCGUUCGCGAAAUGGAACAGGCUAUGGGUGAUGAAGUGUGGCUGCCGAUUGAGAAGCACGAGAGGGAGAAGACAACGGAGGACCCGGAGUACAUCAAGGCUAUGAUGACCUUUUACGAGGCGCACGCUUGCCGGUUAAAGCCUUUCCCUCAGGAGAUCAUCUUCGCACUAUCGCAGAAGAAAGGCGAUGGAGAUAAGAUAUGGGAAGCCAUAAAGGACAAUUGGUUUGAGACCUGGUCUGUCGACGAUCGUAUUCACCUCAUGGACGUUCCAGCGCUUCUGAUCAACGGGAGGUACGAUUACAUGUCCGACGUCGUAUGCGGCCCGUUCUUCUGGAAGAUGGACAAGGUGAAGUGGAUCAAGUUCGCCGAGUCGUCACAUAUGCCGUUCUGGGAAGAGCGUGAGAGGUACAUGACAGUUGUUCGAGGCUUCAUGUAUAGCGCAGAGCAGAAGUUAUCGACAUAG